AUGAAUGGAUGGACGGCCGAGUGGACAAUGAAGCAGACGGUGCUUCUUGCGUGCACGAGAGCGUCGAGGAAUCAGUGGGAGCAGUGGUCGCUGCUGGGAAAAUCGUGCAAUGAGAGCGCCAGGAAGGCGGUGGCAGGCUGA